UUGUUCGUUAUCGCUAUUAGUUUGAAAUGAUGAAGUGCAACGGGCUGCUGAUACUGAUUUUAUGUGCAAUAAGAUCAACUGUAGCAGAUGUAGAUGACCCGACACUUGUCACUUUACCAGACGGACAAAUAAGAGGUCAAACCUUGCAAUCUCCAAAUGGCAAUGCUUUUUAUGCAUUUCAAGAAAUACCAUACGCAGCUCCACCUGUAGGCGAAUUAAGAUUUCAAGCCCCUGUAGCGCCAGCAAAAUGGGAAGGAAUAUUAAACACCACGAUAAAUGAAAAAAUUUGUUACCAAAGUGGAGCCGUCCAUGUACCGCUUCCCGGAUUAAACCAAACGGAAGACUGUCUGUACUUAAAUGUUUACACUCCUCUGACACCUGGAGAUACUUCACAAACCCCAUUACCGGUGUUAAUAUGGAUAUACGGAGGUGGAUUUGGAAGUGGAGCUGGUGCUAUUCAGAUAUACAAUCCUGGAUUCUUCAUUGACCAGAGUAUUGUUGUUGUCACGAUAAACUACCGUAUCGGAGUUCUAGGAUUUCUGACAACAGAAGACGGAGUCAUACCAGGAAACUUAGGAUUAAAAGAUCAACAUUGUGCCAUUCAGUGGGUUAAAAAUAAUAUCGAUCUAUUUGGUGGGGACCCCGAAAAAAUAACGAUAUCAGGUGAAAGUGCCGGAGCGGGAUCUGUGGGAUUACAUUUAUUAAGUCAAAGGAAUGAAGGCUUAUUCAGAGGGGCCAUUUUACAAAGUGGUACUGCAUUGUCUCAGUGGGCACAUCAAAACUAUGCAAGAUUCUACGCUUUCGAAUUAGCUCGAAGUUUGGAUUCAAAUUUCACUUCGGAUAAUUCAACGGAAUUACUGGAACUGUUGCAAAGCCUUUCUGCAUCCGACAUAAACAACAACACAAUAACUGCUGCUGUUGGAAAAGAGACUCAAUUAAUGCAAGGCCAAGGUAUAAUAUGGGUGCCUGUAAUUGAGGACGCUAGUCUAGAUGGAGCACUCAUCACGGGUUUAUUUCAUGAGGACAUUAGAACAGGAAAUAUAAACCAAGUUCCCAUAAUUAUUGGCUUUAACUCUGAAGAGGCAUUAUUUUUUUUGAAAAGUGAUCCUUCAAAGGUUGAGAGGCGUGCGAAAUAUUUCGACAGUGAUUUAUCCAACCUCAUUAGAAACAAGUUCAAUAUGACUACAGAGAACAAACUGACAGCUGGCACUAAACUGAGACAAGUUUACACCAAUGGAACAUUCGAAGACGAUCCUGGGCAAGUAGUGAAGUUUUAUAGUGAUGAGUCGUUUAUAACCGCAUCUAUUAGACAUGCAAAGUUACAAUCCAACUAUACCGACGUUUAUAUGUACCAGUUUUCAUACAAAGGCAAUAUGGGAGGUAUGAAGGAUUUAGAAAUUGCAGGUAUUCGAGGUGUUGGUCACUCUGAAGAGUUGUGUUAUUUAUGGGACGCGCACCUUUCUUUUGGGUUUUCUUAUGGAUCUCCUUAUAGAGCUGAUGAUCCAGAAGAUGUUACGACACGUCAACGUUUGUUAAUCCUGUGGUCAAACUUUGUCAAAUACUUAAAUCCAACUCCAGAAGUGGACAGUUCCCUGGGUAACGUGACGUGGGAGAAAGUUAGUCCAAAUAAUUUGGUGUAUUUGAACAUCAACGAUACACUUGAAAUGCAAACGAAUCCAAGGAACUACCUCAAAUGCGAAGAAAUUAUAGACGAGUAUGCUAUACCUCCAUUGAUUAAUUACUAAUGUAUCUUGAAAAAUAAACUGUAUCAUUUAUGUUUCUUUAAUAUAUGCUGUGCAUUUUC